AUGAAUUCGGUCUCGAAUACGGUCGGAAAAUAUCCGUACUAUUUUCAUCCCUUGUGUUGGAUAUGGGAGUACACGGGGCAGUGAAUAUUUUCGAUUUGGCGCGCCGCGCGCUCGUGCCGCUUUCCCUCCUCCCUUUUGUUUUCCCUUUUCAAAAGGGCCGCUAAAAACUCGAUCCAGCAUGCCUGCAGCGCAGUAACAGGAACAGGCGAGCGAAGCGAGGGGACGGCGAGGUUAGGAGAGGCAUCCGCAUCGGCAUCCAGCAAAGGCGGCGAGCCAUGGAGGAGGGCCUGGUAUCGGUGGACAAGUUCUCCGGCGGCAGCCAGGCGUACUUCCUGACGCACCUCCACCAGGACCACACCCGUGGUCUCGGCGCGGCGGGCGGGUGGCGCCAUGGCCCGCUCUACUGCUCCCCGACCACGGCGCGCCUCCUCCCCAGCCGCUUCCCCGGAAUCGACGCCUCCCUCAUCCGCCCGCUCGCUCCAGGUGCCUCUGCCUCCAUCUCCCUUUCCUCUCCCUCCGGCCAGCCCCUCUCCGUCCGCGUCACCGCCAUCCCCGCGCUCCACUGCCCCGGAUCGCUCAUGUACCUCUUCCGCGGAGACCUCGGAUGUAUGCUGUACACGGGGGAUUUCCGGUGGGAGCUCGGGUGCGACAAAGCGCGGCGGGCGAAGCAGGCUUUACUGGACGCGCUCGGCGGGGAUACCAUUGAUGUGCUCUAUCUGGACAACACCUACUGCCACCCGUCACUCAACUUCCCUUCACGCCCUGUCGUCGCUGAGCAUAUGGUUGAUAUUAUUCGGGCACAUCCUGAUCAUGAAGUUAUCAUUGGUGUUGACACUCUUGGAAAAGAAGACCUCUUGCUUCAUAUAUCUAGAGCUCUACAGACGAAGAUUUGGGUUUGGCCCCAGCGCCUACUGACAAUACACCUUCUGGGGAUUGAUGAAAACCGCGAGAUUUUUACCACACAGACCAGUCUGACUAGGAUCCGUGCUGUUCCAAGGUAUAGUGUCACCAUUGAUAAUCUUGAAGCUCUAAACACAGUGUGCCCCACUAUAGGGAUCAUGCCUUCUGGUAUUCCUUGGCUUUGGAAGAGCAGCGAAGGAAAGGUCAAAUCCAAAGGUAGAUCAUCACUGAAGUCUAUCGGGUGCUUAGGGAGAGGUGAAGGCCUAACAGAAAUGCAGUACAAUCCCUUGUCACCACCAAAGCUGUUUGACAAGGAUUCUUAUGCUUUACCAUAUUCCGAGCAUGCUUGCUUUUCAGAGCUGGAGGAUUUUAUGCAUACAAUGCACCCAUCGACAGUCAUAGGAAUUGUCAGCUCAUCGUUCUGCUAUGUGAAUCCCCGUCACCACUUCAGACAUUUUUGUUUAGACAGUAAUGCUAAUGAUGACAGGACGCCCAUAAAAAACAAGUGUGGGGAUAAUGAUAAGUUUUUUGACAGGAAACAGGAGGGGCAUGCCCCUACUGAGGGUGAUAAUGAUAAGUUAACACCAAAGAGAAGGCGAAAUGGUUCUGUGAAUCCAGAAGAAAGGAAGGUCAGGAUCUACAGUUCAAGUCUGUAUAGAAGCAGAGUUACAAUGAAAAGGAGGGAGUGCUGCGGUGCAAGGAUUCAUGACACUGAAGAGCACAUUGGUGUUGCCUGAGUUAUCGCUCCCCAAGUAAUGUUAUGCUUUUGUAAAUAUUAACAGCUGGAUGGUGGAAGGCUUGAAGCAAUGAGAUGGGAUAUGUUGUUCAAAGCCCAAAGUUAGCAGGUUGCUGGCCAGGAAUCAAGAUGCAGAAUCUGCUAUCUGUUCCUUAGAACCCUGUUGUGCUAGCAAGUGUCAUUCCUGUUGUGAUGCUGUUCAGUAGUUAGAUUGCUGAAAGUUUGUAUGCUUGUUAGUUGCUUCUGAUACAUUUCUUUUUUCCUUAUCAGCUAUUGAUAAGUUUAAUUAUGGCCUAUUAAACAUCCCUGAUGACUGGAAUCUGAUAAAAAAAACUGUUCUGUUCA